GUUGGUCUGGCCUACCUGACUGGCUGAGCGGGUCUGUGCCCACACCCUUCCCUGUUCGCUGGAGGAGAGAGCUGUCAGUGAACACCUCCCCUGAACGUGUGUGUGUGUGUGUGUGUGUUUAUUGACUGAGCUCACAAUCAGUCAGCUGAAAUCACCAGCACUGCUCAGUGCACCUGCCACCAUACUGCAGAUAAACGGACAUUAAUAAGGUGUCUUUUGAGGCAGUUUUUGGACCUUUUUGACUAGAGGGCAGCUAACGAUGUCCAAAGAGGGGGACAGACAGUCAGUUUUGCGGACCACAAAGGUUCGCACUGCUCUGAAAGGAGACAACAGCUGGAUACAGAGACGAGAGCAAGAGAAUCUUGAGAGAGAUGAGGACGAGAAACCAUGGGUCGCCGAAGUGCGAGCAAACCGUUCAAGUGGUGUGUUUGAAGAAACAAGUCCUGUUUCCUCACCCACAGUCAGUGUGCCUCAGCCCAUAUCCGACACAGAGAAACCAAAAGCACCUGUAUCUGGAUACUUAAUCAGAGGGGUUUUCAAGAAAACCGAUUCCAAGCCAACAUCAAAUUCAUCCACCAAUGGAUAUGCUGGAAUAAAUAGCUUCAAGAAAAAGCCAUCUGAGACCUACAAGAAAAUAGCCCCCCACACAAUUCGCUCCAGCAAUGAAAAGACAGUGCAGUCUGAACCAACUCUGAGUCCAGAGGAAAUGGAAAAGAGGAAAGAUGCAGCCAGCAGUGUGCUGAAGGGAUCGGCAGCAAAUCGCCGCUCAUACGUAAUGUCAGCUGCAAAGAAAUAUGAAUCUACAGAGAAGCCUGACAGCUCUGCUGAGAUGGGCAUUUCCUUUGUUGCAAAAAGGGUAGAUAUCAGUGAUGAUGAUGACACUACAGCAUCUGUUAAGUCUGUGCCUGUUCAAAGUGUUAACUCAAACACUGAGCCAGUGGUGAAGGAGGUCAAGCAAGCAGCACCUGAAAUUAAAUCUGAACCUAAGCCAGUGACCGAAACUAAACCUACAACACUCACUAAAAUAACAGCUGAAGCUAUCGCCACAUCCGAAUCUAAACCAGUGCUAGAACGUACAACACAGCCUAAAACAGCAUCUGAGCCUAAACCAGCAACUGAAACUAAAACAGUGGCUGAAACCAGGCCUACAGCACAGACUAAAACAGCAACUGAACCUAAACCUACCACACAAACUACAACAGCAACUGAUCUUAAACCCACAUCAGAACCUAAACCAGCUGAAACUAAACCUACAACAAAAAUUGAACCUAAACCAGCAACUGAAACUAAAACAGAGACCAAAACUACAACUCAAACUACAACAGCAACUGAUCUUAAUCCCACAUCAGAACCUAAAUCAGCUGAAACUAAACCUACAACAAAAAUUGAACCUAAACCAGCAACUGAAACUAAAACAGAGACUAAAACUACAACCCAAACUACCACUGCAACUGAACCUAAGCUAGUGGUUGAAACUAAACCUACCACACAAACUAAAACAACAACUGAACCUAAACCCACAUCAGAAACUAAAUCAGCUGAAACUAAACCUACAACAAAAAUUGAACCUAAACCAGCAACUGAAACUAAAACAGAGACUAAAACUACAACCCAAACUACCACUGCAUCUGAACCUAAGCUAGUGGUUGAAACUAAACCUACCACACAAACUAAAACAACAACUGAACCUAAACCCACAUCAGAAACUAAAUCAGCUGAAACUAAACCUACAACACAAAUUGAACCUAAACCAGCAACUGAAACUAAAACAGAGACUAAAACUACAACCCAAACUACCACUGCAACUGAACCUAAGCUAGUGGUUGAAACUAAACCUACCACACAAACUAAAACAACAACUGAACCUAAACCCACAUCAGAAACUAAAUCAGCUGAAACUAAACCUACAACAAAAAUUGAACCUAAACCAGCAACUGAAACUAAAACAGAGACUAAAACUACAACCCAAACUACCACUGCAUCUGAACCUAAGCUAGUGGUUGAAACUAAACCUACCACACAAACUAAAACAACAACUGAACCUAAACCCACAUCAGAAACUAAAUCAGCUGAAACUAAACCUACAACAAAAAUUGAACCUAAACCAGCAACUGAAACUAAAACAGAGACUAAAACUACAACCCAAACUACCACUGCAUCUGAACCUAAGCUAGUGGUUGAAACUAAACCUACCACACAAACUAAAACAACAACUGAACCUAAACCCACAUCAGAAACUAAAUCAGCUGAAACUAAACCUACAACACAAAUUGAACCUAAACCAGCAACUGAAACUAAAACAGAGACUAAAACUACAACCCAAACUACCACUGCAACUGAACCUAAGCUAGUGGUUGAAACUAAACCUACCACACAAACUAAAACAACAACUGAACCUAAACCCACAUCAGAAACUAAAUCAGCUGAAACUAAACCUACAACACAAAUUGAACCUAAACCAGCAACUGAAACUAAAUCAGAGACUAAAUCUUCAACACAAACAACAACAGUGACUGAAUCUAAGCUAGUGGUUGAAAUUAAAUCUACAACACAGACUAUAACAGCCACUGAACCUAAACCCACAUCAGCGCUUAACCUGGCUGAAACUAAACCUACAACAACUGAUCCCAAACCAGCAACUGAAACUAAAACAGUAACUGAAGCUAAAACUGAACCUAAAACUACAACACAAACUACAACAGCAACUGAAUCUAAGCUAGAAACUAAAUCUACAACAAAGACUACAAUAGCAAGUGAUCCUAAACCCACAUCAGAGCCUAAAGUAGUUGAACCUAAACCUACAAAAACAGCUGAACCUAAACCUACAACACAAACUACACCAGCAACCGAUCCGAAACCCACAUCAGAACCCAAACCAGUGACUGAAACUAAACCAAAACCUGAAGUGAAAUCUGCAACUCAGCUGAAACCAGCACCUGAAUCCAAGCCUGAACCAGUCCCAGAGAAAAGCCUGUCUGACACCCUGUUAUCCUUCAGCACAGUGCCUGCCAGCUUUGGCCAAGCAGAUUCAGGGGUAGAUCUUCUCAGUCGGGAUCUGCUGACAGACAACAGUUCUCUGCCUCAGGCAAACAAGACACAUAAAACUCUGGACCUACUCGCAGAUGAUCUUAUUCCCUUCAAUACUUCUACCACCAGAACCAGCACUGACUACACCUACAGCCGGAAAACCCUGAUUGAAGAUUUUAAGAGCUCAGAUUAUGAUUUCGAUCCAAUACCAAUAUCGAGUGAGCCCACAAAGAGUCCUCAGUGGUACAGUCCUCCCAAACCGGACUCAAGUUCCUCAGAAACAUUCAAUAACUUUCAGCAUCCUGUGGAUUUGGUUGCUGAUGUGCCAGCAGACGUGUUGGUUUCCUUGGCUGAAGAUGUCAUUCCAGUUGAUACUAAGAGUGACUGGAAGACAGACAUGGACAGUUACAAAACCAGCACCAAAACAGUGGAGAGUUCUGUCCGGGAGAACUUACCAGAAUCUGAACCCAAGAAGAGCUUUGUCUAUGUUAAGGAGUAUGUGGAUAACUCACAUCUUGAUGGCAGCAGCUCUGACUAUGUGUCAUCAACAACCUCCAACUACAACUACAGCAGCCCCAGCUACUACUCCAGAAGAGAUAUGACUCCCUGUACAUACUGUGGAGAAAUGGUGGGAAAUGAUGCCAAAAUCACCAUUGAGCACCUGAACAUAUCCUGUCACCCAUCCUGCUUUAAGUGUGGUAUUUGCAGUAAACCAAUGGGAGAUUUACUGUACAACAUGUUUCUCCAUCGUGGGACGGUCCAUUGUGAGAGCUGCUAUUCCAAUGUGCUAUAAGGAGAUCUGCUUACAUGCCUGAAAUAUCCCUCAACAGUAUCGCUAACCUGCUGAUUUGAAAAGGAAUUAGACACGUUACUGGCACAAAACAUGUUCCUCUUUAUUUUUCCUCACUGAUCGUACCGCUGACAUAGUGCCGCUGUGCAGAAUACCUUCUGAAUAUCAUAAAAAGGUUUUCUUGUGCUAUGAAUGCUUGUUGCUGUGCAUUUUCCCCUCCAAUUCUGUCCCUUUAAAUGUUUAGUCAAGACAAUAAGAAUGUAUAUCUUUGUUGUAUUUAAUCAUCAGAAGCCAUUUUAUAGAAAUUAUAUUACUGUUUUAGUAGCGCUGUUAUGAAAAUGCAUAUCCUGCAUUGAUAUUCACAAUUAAAGCAACAUUCUCAUUGAA